CCCCGCGGGCAAGCAACUGGAGGGCAAAUCAAGGCUAAGGCAGGGAAGUGCAUGAGAUGACCGCAUUGGCAGGUCUCCUGCAGCUAAGGCUGUGAGAUGAACGCAGAGAUGGAGGUGCCAUGACCACCCCACCUGCACGCCGAGGGAGCAAUAUCGCGCGGCCUUCAUGUACCUGCAACCCAGGGCUCGCCCAUUCUCCGCUCCGGACGUGAUCCAAGCACUCUCUCGCUGCGACGAUGGCCGAUAAAUUGAUCGUAGUAAUCGGCGUGACGGGCAACCAGGGCGGCUCCGUCGCACGACGCUUCCUCAAGGACCCCAAUUAUCGCGUUCGUGGCAUCACGCGCACCCCAGACUCGCCGGCGGCGCAGAAGCUGGCGGCGCAGGGCAUUGAGAUUGUCCAGGCGGAUCUGGACGAUGUGCAGAGCCUGAAGACCGCUUUCCACGCCGCCAAUGCCAUCUUCUCCGUCACCAAUUAUUGGGAGCCAUUCUUCCGCCCAGAUUGCCGAACAAAGGCAGCCGAAGCCAACAUCUCCUGCAGGAAGUACGCAUAUGAUGUGGAGUAUCAGCAGGGCAAGAAUAUCGCAGACGCCGCGGCUUCCGUUGUCGACACCCUCGAUGAGAACGGGUUCCUUGUCUCCACCCUCAGUCACGCAGGCGUGUGCAGCAAAGGCGCGUUCAAGGAGCUCUACCAUUUCGAUGCAAAGGCCGAUGUCUUUCCUGCAUACGUGGACGAGAAGUAUCCCGCCCUAGCAAAGAAGAUGUCACUGAUUCAAACGGGCUAUUUUACCUCCAGCUACCGUCUUGUCCCCGAGGCCUACUUCAAUAAGCGACCCGACGGCACCUUCCAAAUGAGCUUUCCAACAGAUCCCAGCGCUAAAGCGCCGCACUUGUGCGUCAACGAAGACACCGGUCCCUUUGUCUACGCCGUCUCGCAGAUGCCGCCCGGCAAGACGUAUAUGGCGGCCGGGACGUGGUGUAGCUGGCCCGAAUUCCUGAAGACCUGGGGCGAAGUGAACAAGGUUCCCGUGAAGUUUGAAGACCUCUCCCUUGAGCAGUUUGUUGAAGCCGCGCCAGACAAGGAAUUCGGCGCCGAGGUGGGAGAUAUGUUUGCGUAUACAAGUGAUCCUGGUUAUGAUGGAGGAGAUUCUAGUAUCUUGACGGCCGCCGAUAUUGAAAUGAGGGGAAUCGAAUGUCCGAUGACAGGCAUCAGAAAGUACUUCGAGUCGCAGGAUUGGACUUCGGUGCUCAAUCAAUGAGAGCGAGGAGACGGUCAAAGUGUAUAGGAUAUCUCGUCAAGUCGUAUAUUCAUCUCGCAUGGUCGGUGCCUGUACACCGUGAGCCCAGUGUAUCACCCUUCCG